UGGCUUUGAACCAAAAAUUCCUAACUCUUCAAUUGACUACUCAAAAGAAGAUCCUUAGGAAAUCGAAUGCUCCUUGAAGGAACAAACCUAUACUGAAAUCCACCCGUUUCGGACCAUAUGCAGGCAGAAUGAAGUAAUGGGGCAGCCCCAAAGCCUGAACGGAAGGUUGCUCACUCAGUAGAGUAUAGAAGAAAGGACAAUGGGAAUAUAAUAUCUAGUAUUUAUCCACCAGAGUCCUCCCUCAUGUUCCCUCAACAUGUUAACCAUGAGAUCGAGAAGGAGCUCAGAGAGUUCAUGACUGAGAAUGAGGAGAAGUUUAAAAAUUCGAAAAUGAACCAGACUUUCAAGUUUCCUAGGAAGCAACCUAAAAUUGACCUCCCUAUUCAUCAUAAAUCUAGCUAUAUAAGGAUGAAUACCCCUGGUUCUGCCUCUUAUCGCAGCAAUCGAAGGUAUAAAUCCCAGGAAAACACAGGCAAGUAUGUGUUAAAAGACAACAAAGCUGCCUUUGUGCCACUUAAUGGAAAUUUUAUGCCUGGAGACAGUGGCUCGACGGACUCUGUGAGAAAAUAACUAUAAAAUGCUCCAGAAAACUCUUAAUUUGAGCUUCCCUGAACGGCAGAAUAAGUUUAAAAUAAAUAUCAACCAGAGCAUCCUUAAGAAAAAUCUUAAAAAGCUGAAUAGGAAGCCUUCCACAAGGAAGAAGAGGAUGCUCACAGAGACGAUCAACUCAAAUAACUCUAUUAGGAAGAUCAAGAGCACGGAUAGGGAUGCGAAGAGGGCUGAUAACAGAUAUAUCCUGAAUAAGAAUUUCAAUAGCAAAAUAGACACCAUUGACUUUUCCACAAAGUCUUUUAUCAAUUAUAGCUCAUCUAAAGGAGCCCAUUUUUGAGAGAGCAACACUCCUAAAGAACAUACAAAGAGAAAGAAGAGCAAGAGAAAGCCGAAUAAGACCCCUGUAGGAAGAUACGGUCGAAAACAUCGUGAAGUUAAUGCAAACAACUUCCACAUGAAUAGUGUAAAUCAGCCUUCAAUUGAAGGCCACAUUAUGAACUCAAAGACUGAAUUUUCUAGCCCAAAGUUGUUCUGAAUUCCAUCGAACCACUCAAUCAUGAAUCAGAGCUAUAGAGCAAAGCAACGGUAACAGAUGAAAUAG